GUCUAGAACCUUCUCCCCUCUCCACAACCCCAGAGUUAAAACAUUUGGCUUGAAAAGAAAAAAGACAUUUGGCUCAUUUUUAGCACACAAUUGAGGGCUAUUCUCUACAACAGCAGCAAUGGCUAAGCGUUUGAUCCCAACUCUCAACAGAGUCCUCAUCGAAAAAAUCGUCCCCCCCUCCAAAACCACCGCUGGGAUUCUCCUCCCUGAGAAAUCUUCCAAGCUGAAUUCGGGGAAAGUGGUGGCGGUUGGACCAGGGGCUCUUGAUAAAUCAGGCAAUAAGAUACCAGUGGCUGUGAAGGAAGGGGACACUGUUCUUUUGCCGGAGUAUGGUGGUACCCAAGUCAAGCUCGGCGAGAAAGAGUAUCACUUGUUCAGGGAUGACGAUAUCUUGGGCACUCUCCAUGACUGAUAUAUGACCACUUAAGGUUUUUCGACUUGAAUAUGUGAUAAAAAUUGAUUAUCGGAGGUUUUUAAACUAUUACCAAAGCUUUAAAUUUUAGUGUUUUUCGGAGAUUUAGUUUUGGUUUUGGAGUUUGAAUUCUCCGAGUGUAUCAGUGAUACAGUAUUGAUAUGACUUUUCAUAUUAUGCCGGAACAAAGUAAUGAAAGUUAAAAGACAAUCUCUUCUUGUUUUUA